AUGAUUCAAUCGCAACACACGAGGAAACCUGGGUUCAAUGAACGAUAUUACAUUUGUCGUGGUAGUGGGAAAUUCUACAGUAACUUUAACAUCACAGUAAAGUAUGACAAGACAAUCACCAAAAGCCACUUGUCUCACGCAUUGAGGUCUCUCAUUUUAAAAAAUAGCUGGUUUGUUCAAAACUUUUUCAAGAUUGAAGGAACCGAUAGUGAGAAGGAGAAUUUUCACAAUUGGCGAGUACAAGUACUCGAUAGGGUCUUAUUUGAAGAUGUGGUGAAGUAUGAAAAAAUUGACAAGUUUGAUGAAACUACGCUAGAGCGCCUAAAUGGGCUAACGCUAGAUAUGGAUGUUCAAAUGCCGUUGUGGAGGCUUGUUGUGUUUGAGGAGAAACAUGGUGAGCAAUUGAUGACGGUUUAUGUAGACCAUUCACAAUUUGAUGGCUUAUCCGCUGUUCAAUUCCAAAAGGAUUUGUCAAAAGAGUUAGCCAGAGUAGCAGAUAAUGGAGAGGUGGAAAAUGUGUUAUUUGACUAUGUUGCAGAUUUCAAGCACUUGCCAUCCAGCUUGAUCCCUGCUUCAGAAAUUGUGACCGAUUUGUAUUUUCCCAAUUACGGCAGAAUUUUGAAUUACUAUUUUGAGCAGUACCUUCCAUUCUAUUCAAAAUUAUCCAAUUGGAUCUAUUCUAAUGAGAAAGAGUUGCCGUUGUUCCAAAAUCCCAAACCAGUCACAAAAGAUUUAGACACAAAGUACAAGAUAAUGAAAUUUGAUGCUAAAACAGUAGAUAGAAUCACUACAUUUUGCAGAUCAAAAGGGGUGACACUUACCGGAUACUUUGACAUUUACUUCAUCAAAGCAUUACAAGAAACUAUAUUCAAAGCAAUUGACCCAAAUACUGCAUUCCGAACAAACUCAUAUGUUGCCAUUAACGGUCGGAGGUAUUACAAUGAUGACAUCAAAGACUUCAGGUAUGGAACAAUGGUAUGUGGCAACCCCAUUAUUCUUCGCCCUAUUGAUAAUGCCGUAACAGCUAUGCGCACUUUCCAUGCACAACUUCAACAGGAUAUCAAAUCCAAAUAUGGAUUCAGGACAAUAGGAAUGUUGCAAUAUGCCAAUCUUGUGAAAUUUUUCAAUAACAAAAUUGGUAAAGUGGGUGGUGGUCGCCCUACUGUUACAAUAUCCAAUCUUGGCAAAAUUGCUGACUCGAAUAAAGUAUACCGAUUUAAGGAUAUGUAUUUUGGAGCUAAUGCUGGUGUGAUGUACAAUUUUGUCUUGAACAUGACGACAGUUUCAAGUAGUGAGGUGACUGCUGUGAUUGGGUAUCUACCAGAAUAUGAAGCCUGCACUUUCAAUGGCAUCAAUGCAAUUGAUGAGUUUUUCAAGUUGUUCAAAUAUUAUAUAGAAAAUGGGGCAAAAUAG